ACUUUUUUUUUUAAUUAGUUAUAGAGAUUUUCUUUUAGAUCUUCUAUUCUUCGCUUUAGCUCAUAACAAUGCCGUGCACAGUAUAUUGCGUACCGGCAGCAUCUCUGGUUUCUCAAACAUUUGCUGAUCACUGCCUUAUCAGGUAUGAUCACCACCAUCAUAAUCACAAGGACUUGAGAAAAUGGAGUAGGACCUCUGCUGCUACUUCAACUUCUGCUUCUGCUUACCCUCUCGUUUCCAAUCCUAAUGACUCUUCUUCUCGUCAAAAAUUUGAUCAGGAGACUGCGAGGGACAAGUUCACUCGGGAGAUCUCUUUUCAUUCCAAAGACCAAGACAUCUCACUUGCUAAGGCUUUGCUUUAUGUUGCAGCUGAAGAUGAGGCAUUCAUGGCUUACAACCGAGAGAUGGACGCUUGUUCCCUUCUCAAUGAAAGGAUGAACGUUUCUUUCUCAUCUGAUACCAAAGAGUGGGAUACUGUGGAGCAAAUGCCUUUGGGUGUAAAGACCGUAUCUGAAUGGCUGAGUGAGUUAGACGCAAUUACUAAAGAAGUCGAGGCGGAGCUAGUUUCAAGGGACAUAGGCUGCCAUCUGGUUGAAGUUUUGCAGGCAGUCAAUUUAGUUCUUUUUGAGUUGAGAGGCUUUAAAAGAUCCCCUGUUCUUGUAGACUCUAAGCAUUCAUACUUACACUCAGUGCUGAGCUCUGGAUAUGGCAGUGCAACUUUAGUUAGCAUAAUUUACAUUGAAGUUUGUCGGCGACUUGGUCUAACUAUCGUGGGGUCUUGUGUUGGGGAAGAUUUUCUGAUAUGGCCGCAGACAGCAUACCCAGAGGAGCUCUUCAAGGAGACUUCAGGACACAGCUUGUUCGCUGUUGUAAAUGGAAGGUGUGUGGAGGACUCUAGAUCAAUGGCAUCUGAUUUAACUGGUACAUCACUGUUAGGGCUUGAGAUAGCUACAAACCGUGAUAUUAUUGGGAUCUCUCUAGCCAAUUUAAUUAGGCUUCACUGGAAACGUGCUUCGAGAUCAAAUCCUGGUUUGAUGCUGACUUCUCCCCUAAGGCAGCUUCAUAAUACUGAUGACAGACAUAACCAAAUCGAUAAACCAGGUGUCCCUUUAUUGCGGCCUCAAGAUCUUAGACUAGCCAUCAAGGCUUCAGAAAGAUUGUUGAUUUUGCAGCCACAUAAUUGGGCCCUAAGGAGAGACCAUGGCAUGAUGCUGUAUUAUAAUAGGGAAUAUGGUAAGGCAGUGCAAGAGCUUAGCAUUUGCAUGGCCUUUGCUCCGGAAGAAGAGGCUGAGAUUCUCCAACCCUUUGUCCACAAACUACAUUUAAUGCGUCUGGUAUCAUCUUGUGAGACCUUCGGACACACGCCUCCAUUGACCAUCAAAUAACUUGAUGUUGCAGUCUGUGUCUUA